AAAUCAUAUAAUUAGUCCACAAAACUUUUUCUUUUACUAAUUAGCCCCACAAUAAUACGCAUGAUGAAUAUAAUAUACUACAUAUCAGAUCAUGUUGUUUCUCAAUUCAUUUCUAUUAUUGUGAAUCAACUCUGUUUUUAGACUCUAAGCAUUGAAGCUCAAAGCAUUGCCAUGGCUGAGGCUCUAGUUUCUGGUCUCAUAGAGGAGCUUGUUUCACUAGCUUUUCAAGGACUCAAUGAAGAGGUGAGACUGGUGAAGGACGUGGAUGAAGAUGUUCAACAGCUGAAGACCAAUCUCGAAGCUCUUCAUGCUGUGCUCGAAGAUGCGGAAAGAAGACAAUUUGCUGAUCAAAGCGUGAGAAGAUGGAUGGAUAGGCUGAAAGAUGUGUCGUUCGACAUGGAUAACGUGUUGGAUGAGUGGAGCACUGCUAUUUUGAAACUCAAAAUAGAUCAGAAACAACAAGGUGAACAUGCUUCUUCUUCUCGAACUAGCAUUAAUGAGAAGGUAUGCCUCUCUAUUCCAUCACCUUUUUCUUGUUUCAAAUCCCAAGUUAAUCGAAUUACUCUGCGUCAUGACAUCGCUCACAAAAUCCAAGAACUCAAUAAAAAGCUAGAUAGGAUCGCUAGAGAGAAAGAUAUGUUUAAACUUAGCACAACAACCUUAGAGCAACCUAUGGAGCGACCUAGGACAACCUCGUUUGUUAUUGAAACUGACGUGUUUGGGCGAGAUAAUGAUAAGGACAAGUUGGUUAGUAGGUUGUUAGCUGAGGAUAGUUGUACUCAUCAGGAUCAAAACUUCAAUAUUAUUCCUAUUAUAGGGAUGGGGGGAAUGGGGAAGACUACUCUAGCCCAGUUGGUGUAUAAUGAUGAGAAGGUCAAGGCUCAUUUCGAUUUUAGAAUUUGGGUAUGUGUUUCGGAACCAUUUGAAGUGAUUAAGAUUGCAAAAGCCAUUGUUGAAUCCAUUAUUGAAGAUAGUGCCCCAAAUAUUAAUGAAUUAGAAAACUUGCUCCAAUAUAUGCGCAAGCGUAUUGAAGGAAAGAGGUAUCUUCUUAUCUUGGAUGAUGUGUGGACUGAGGAUAGGCAGAAGUGGGAGCUAUUAAGGAUUCCUUUGAAGUGUGGUGGUGUGGGAAGUAGAAUACUUGUUACUACAAGGAAAAAGGAAGUUGCUGUUGUAAUGGAAGUUGCGGCGGAGAGCGUGAUUACAUUGGAGGAGCUGUCUGAAGAGCAUUGUUGGUCAAUAUUUAAGAAACGUGCAUUCUUUGAAAGAAAUGAGGAUGAGUGUCGUGUACUAGAAGAAGUUGGUCAAAAAAUUGCUAGAAAAGCCAAGGGUUCACCUCUUGUUGCAAAAAUUUUGGGAAGUCUCAUGUGCUUUAAAAAGACCAAAACCCAAUGGGAGGAUGUUCUAAGUAGUGAAUUGUGGCAAUCCAAGGAUUUUGAAAGCAUCUUUACUCCUUUCUUCUUAAGUUAUUAUGACUUGUCCGCAAAAGAAAAACGAUGUUUCUCGUAUUGUUCGAUAUUUCCAAAGGAUUAUGAAUUUGCCAGAGAUGAAUUGGUUGAGAUGUGGAUGUCGCAAAGUUUUGUAGGAUGUGGCAGUAACUCAAAAGAAGGUCAUGAUUGUUUUGAAACUUUAGUCAUGAGAUCCUUCUUUCAAGAUUUUAUAAAAGAUGGUCCUGAUGGUGUUAUCACCCGUUGCAAGAUGCAUGACAUAGUGCAUAACUUUGCUCAAUUUUUGACAAGUGAUGAAUGUGUCACUUUGGUAGUUGAUGACAAUAUCGAAGAGAAGUUGAAACUACUUGAUGAAAAGGCUCGUCAUUUGUGCUUGGAAGUCAGAGCUGGCACACAAGUUCCUGUCAUGAAAUACAAAAGAAUGAAUCAAAAGAAUCUUCGCUCCUUACUUGUUUUGCCAUAUACAGGAACUACUAUUAGUGUUGAUGCAUCACUGUUCUCAGAUCUUGUAUUCCUUCGAACAUUAACUUUGAGAAGAUGUGGGAUUAAGAAAUUACCAAAGAGUAUUAGCAAUUUGUUACAUUUGAGAUAUCUGAAUUUAGUCAGCAAUGGAGAAUUGGAAGAAUUACCAGAGACUUUAUGUGAUCUAUGUAAUUUGCAAACUCUAGAUUUGUCAUGUUGCGUUUCACUUUCAAGACUACCAGAAAGGAUGGAUAAACUACUAAAUUUAAAACAUCUCUAUUUAAGGGAGUGUUUUAAAUUAAAAGGACUCUCAAAAGGUAUUGGUGAUUUGACUUGCCUUCAAACAUUAGAUAUGUUGACUAUUCCUAGCUAUGAGAAUAAGAAUAAAGGAGAAUAUUUUAAUGUAGAGGAUUUAGAAAAAAUGAAGAGCCUUCAAUUUGGUAGUGAGUUUCGUAUAAAGGAUUGUGGAAAUAUAAAAAAUGUGGAGGAUGCUAAGAAAAUUGAUUUGAAAAAAAAAGACCAAAUUUCUUCGUUGACUCUUGAUUUUGGAAGCAUUGAAGACCGAAAUAAUAGAUUUGGAGAUGAUAUAAAGAUACUUGAAGCUUUGGAGCCACACACAAACUUGAAAAAUUUAUGUAUUGAUGGAUUCAUGGGGGCCAGCUUGUCUCCACGCCCCAAAUGGUUGAUGUCAUUGGUUAAUCUAAAACAAAUGUGGCUCUACUCUUGUGUGAAUUGUGAGAUCUUACCUUCUUUUGGAAAGCUGCCAGUUCUCGAGAUGCUAUUUGUAAGUGGCAUGAAUAGUGUAAAAAAGUUGGGCCUUGAAUUCUAUGGAAUAGAAGAGAAAAAAGACCAAGAAGAUGGGGACAUUGAAAUGGAUAGAUUGUUUAUAGAUUCUCCAUUGAUUUUAUUUCCAAAAUUAGAAAGGAUCUACUUUGACUCCAUGGAGCAACUAGAAAAGUGGGAAUGGAGCAGCAUUACAUCAACAAUAAGAAUAAUGCCAUGUCUUAUGCACUUGUACUUUUGGAGUUGUCCGAGUCUACAAGAACUUCCUCAGUUUUUGCAAACAAUGACCUCACUCAAACAAUUAUCCAUAAAUGAUUGUGAGAUUAUGGAGGAGCAUUGCCAGAAGAGAACAAGUAAGGAAUGGGACAAAAUCAGUCACAUCCCAAACAUUGAAAUAAAUCAUGAGUUUGUGCGAAAAGAUGGAAUUUGGAUCGAACAUGAAGGCAGCAGUGAGAGCAAUAUCAAUGAUGGUGUUGGGACAUCUUCUUCAACAAACUAAUAUUCAGGAUGCAAAUAUCCUUAUUCAAGGGUUCCAAGAGUUGGAUUUGGAAAUUGCUCGGGAUAUGAUAUUAUUCAUUCGAAUUAUGUUUUUUUUUGUUUUGUUUUGUUGUGUUGUGUUUUGAGUAUGUACUCUUUUUCCUUCUUAGACUUUUUCCCACUGAGGUUUUUUAUCUAAGAAGGUUUUAACGAGGCAUAUUCUGGAUUGGUGUUUUAUCAAUUCCAAUUUAGAAUUUAGAUUUCAUUUGGAUUGUUUGUAAACUCUUUUGUAUUCUUUUCUUUAAUCUGAAUAUAUAUAUCUACUUUAUUUGGUGUUUGUUGAGCAUAUGAUAGACGAAUUAGUUGGGUGCCAACCUAGUUGGGAUGUCUCUAAUUCUAUUGAUGCUCCUUCACCAAAUGUAUUUUUUA